UCCCUCAGGCGCCGGGGGCGGGCCGCGCUGAGGCGGGCGUCCGGGGCCAGGGUCGCUCCCCCCUGCCUGGUGAAACGCCGCCGGGAGGACCGCGGGGCAGGAGGAGGGUCGGUCGCUGCGCAGAGAGCUACAUCCCAAAAGUUGUCGCUGUCAUCGACAGCUGCUUGCCAGCAGAGCAACAGAAGUCUGUGGAAAAAGUCGUUUCCCUUCCUUGCCAGAGGGAAGCCAGGCACACAAAUGGGGUCUCUGAACAAAAUGAAUUUCAUUACAAGGCUUUCUGCUUUAUGUCUGAGGAAAAGCAAGAUGCAACAGAGGCACCAAAGUAGUAGACGACCAGCUGUUCCACUUGGAUCACGGAUUUUAACUGAUCCUUCUAAGGUUUUUGAACAUAACAUGUGGGACCACAUGCAGUGGUCACAGGAAGAAGAGGAGAAUGCCAAGGAAAAAGCAGCAGAGAACUCACUUGUAAAAGUCCACUGGGAAGACCAAGAUAAAUAUGAGAGAGAAGCCAGUAAAUAUUGGAACAAAUUUUACAAGACUCAUAAAAAUAACUUUUUCAAGGAUCGCAAUUGGCUAUUUCUGGAAUUUCCAGAAAUUCUUCCAGAAAAAAGGAGACAAGAGUUGAAAACAGAAGAAAGAUCUUUGGAAUACACACAAAAAAAUAGUACCAACAGUUUUUCACACAAAAAUGAAAUGUUUGAGGAAGGAGAAAAAUAUUGGAAGAAAAAUUAUGGAGGUGGUUCUACUUCUGUACAAGGAUAUGUAUAUAACAAAAACCAAGCAAAAUCUCUCACUGACAAUCCUCAGGGUAAAAACUGUGGAGAAGAACUUGGCAGGCUAGAAUCCUUCCCUGGUAGUGAUGCCACUUACAGAAUAUUAGAGGUUGGUUGUGGUGCUGGAAACAGUGUCUUUCCUAUUUUGAAAGUUCUAUGCAAUACACCUGGAACCUUUCUAUACUGUUGUGAUUUUGCUUCAGGAGCAGUGGAGCUGGUAAAGUCACAUUCGUCCUACAAUUCAGCCUGGUGUUCUGCCUUUGUUCAUGAUGUGUGUGAUGAUGCUUUGCCCUAUCCUUUUCCCGAUGAGAUCCUGGAUGUCAUUCUCCUUGUCUUUGUGCUCUCUACUAUUCAUCCUGACAGGAUAUUACUCCUUCCUGUUUCUUCAGAGAUGAGCACAUGAGUCAUGCAAAGCCUGGUCCAGAUUUCAAAAACAAUUCAAGCAGUAGAUUUCAGAUCUCUGUAACUGUGGUGAUGCUGCCAGGAAGAAAUUGGACAAUAGAGACGCAUUCAUUUAAUCACUUUGCCUGUGGAAGCAGUAAUCAGAUGUUCUAUCAGAAUUUCUGUGGAUCUUUUUCUAUUAGUCAUUUGGGAAUGUGUUCAUCAGUUUUAGGGUUUGUUGUGUGUUGUUUUUGUUGUUUUUUUUACUCCCUGCGUCAGCAUCUAAAGGCUGACAUAGAUGCGCGCGUGUGUGUGUGUAUACACACAUAACAAUUUCUGUGUAAUUAUCUGUGUUGUAAGACCCACUUUCCAAAGAUUUGUUAGUCAUUACUGUCAUCUUGUAGAAUUAAAGUGACUGUGUAAAGGUAAAUGUAAUCCAGAUCUAUCUUGCUCAGUAUACAUUUUUUCUGGAAACUUUGAAAGUGGAAAAUGAAAAAGAAAACCAAGAGAAUGAUGAUGCAGAACUUACAUACUUUGGAGACCUGGAAAAUAUACAUGAGAGGGACACAUUUGUAUUUAGCACAGUUGUUACUUAGUGAUUUCUCUUCAGGCUAUUGUGUUUAGUUUUUGAUAAUUUCUAGUCUUCUACUGCAUUUUUAGCACACUUCAAUUCUGCUAGAAGUCCCCUCUAAAAGUUGGUUGUAGAAUUUGAAAGGUAUUAAACUUUCUUCAAGCUAUAUAAUUAAUGUGCUCUAGUCCUACAGGAUGAGAUUUCUCAAAGUACUUUCACUUUUCGUGCAUGUACAUUUUUUCUGUUUGUGCAAAACUUAUGUUUAUAUAGGCAAAGUCUGUAAUUCUGUGCAUAACUACCUGUCUCGAACAGUCUCUUAGGUGGUGCUGCCUUUUCUGUCUGUGGCAGCACACCUUGGUUGCCUGUGUUGACCAUGAGCAAAGAGGACAACUUUUAAAGCACUUGGCUUCCUCUAAGGGAAUUCCAUGCUUAAAAAAUGUAUGCUACUUUUUGUUCUUGUUUGUUUGUAAAUAAGAUACUAUUUUCUGCUGAACCACCUAUGAAUUCCGUCCCUUAAAAAUCAAGGUAAGAUGCCUGCACUGUUGUUGCAAAAGGACAAAAUUGCAUUAGUGAUUGAAUUCUGACAUUCUUCGGGCAAGGGGAUAAAGCCACCUGAGAGACAGGGAUGGUGUAACAUGUUCUCUUGGUACACGGUCAUGGUAUGCUGGUUUUGUAUAGUUAAGUAGGACUUACUCUUCUUUAGCGCUUUUCAGAUGCAGCACUCUGCCUUUCCUUUCCAUUCAUUUAGCAUUCACUCUGGCUCCACAUCUUCUACAUGGUCUAUACUCUCCCCUGUGGGAGGAAGGGUUGAAUUAGACAAGUGGAUUUUUCUACGUUGCAGCAUGCCAGGUGCAAACUGUCUUUUAUUGUCUUUCAUGAAUGUGGAAAACCUAAGUCCUCUGUUUAUUCUGAAAGAGUGAGGCAAAUCCAAGCCAUCAUUCAUUAUUAAUGUAUUUUGCAGAGUAAUGCAAAUGUACUUAUAAGAAGCUCCAAGGUAAGGUUAAAAAGUGAGAAUGAAGAAGCUCUGAUCUAGUGAAGGGGAAAGAGUAUUGCCUAUGGUAUUUUUUCCUAUCAUACAUACGGCAGGCUGGUGUAACCUUGAUAAGGAAGAGCUGAUGCUAGAUAUCACCAAGAUUCACAAACUUGUCAUCAUUUUGGAGGAUGCAGACUUUCCUCCUCUAACUAGCCAUAUCUCCAGAUGGAGUUCUGCCAGAUUCCUCUCUUGAGGUACUACUCAGAUUCUUCUUCCCAUCCUCAAGAUGGUGUGGAGAUACUGAUUUUGUGUGUAGGACCAGUACCUCCAUAAGGAAGUUAGAUCAGUUUUUGUCUGCCUUCCAGGCCCUUGAUUUUUCUAUGUAGAGCAAGAAGACUCCGUCUAGCUCACCGAUGCACGUAGCGAACUGCUCAUUCAUUGCUUAUCAUAUAUCUGCCCGACCUCCAUCCUUGAGAUUCUAGUGAAGUGAAGGAGAAAGGCUCCUUUUCUCUUUCCAGUUUGCAUUCUCUUACAGUUCCUUUUAAAUUUUUGGUUUAGAAUCUUUUUUUUUUAGAGUUCUUCCUGUUCAGUAGUGUCUGGCCUUUUUAUAAUAAAUAUAGACACAUCUUCUCACUGUAGUUUUGGAAAUCUGUGUAUAAUCCAAGCAUCUAGGGGAAAAAAAAAAAGUUAAGUUUGUAAAUUUCACCAGUAUCCCAUC